CGCAUGUGCAAAGGCAUCGUGCGAAGCACGGAGUUCGAAGGGAACAACUUCGGUUCGUCGAUGGAUCCUACGCCGUGUUUAUCAGCGUUUAUUGUUUUUAUUUGCAGAGAUUAGUGGUGGAAUAAUAAUUGUGGGGGAUAAAUUUGCGAGAUUAUAACCUAGCCGAGGUGUAAUAUACGAGAAAUGCGUGCUGUGGGUAGUUGAUAGAAAAUUAAUUACAACCCCGAACAAGUUGGGACGUCUCGCGCGAGGCGAGAUACUGAAUAAACCCGUACGGCUGAAAGAAGGCAGGGAAGAGGAAAUCGCUCGACCAGAACUCAGUGAUGUCUACCCCUUCGUCAUCGUCCAAGGCGUUAGGAGGAGAAAAACCAGGAGGUACAAGCCCUAGUCCUGUUGAAGGUGUCGAAGGUGUUCCAGGACCAAGUACGCUAGAUCCUCUACAGUCCGCACUUGUUCAUGAUGGAGAGUCUGAGGAUUAUGGAGAAGAAGGCGAGGAAGAAGAAGAGGAUAGUACGGAUGAAGAAAGCGAGACAAGUGAUGGGGGCAUGUACUGUGAUGCUGAAUGUGGAGAAGAGAAUGAUGCCAAUGACUGCCAUUCAUUAUCGUUGCAAUCGUCACCAACAUUACCACCGAGACCACUUAGUCCCAUACUUCACACAUGUGUUCCAUUAGACGCAGUGCAGCCUCAGAGGAAACGGAAGAGCGAAGCGGAGUCUACACUGCCCUGUAAAAAGCUUAACCCAGAGGAAAAGACUUAUAUUAUGGUUGUGAAACGGGUUGACGACAAAGGAAAGCAUGUGAGAAGCAUCAUUCCAACCCGAGACAAUCCCCCACCUGAAAUGAGCAGUUGGCUAUUACAAUUCCAGAGAUGGUCAAAUGCAGAAAGAAUGUUGGCUAUUGAUGAGCUAAUAGAAAGAUGCGAACCAACACAAGUUCGGCAUAUGAUGCAAGUCAUCGAACCACAAUUUCAGAGGGACUUUAUUUCGUUACUCCCUAAAGAGUUGGCAUUGUCAGUCUUAGCCUUCUUAGAACCAAGAGAUUUAUUGCGAGCUGCGCAAACAUGCAGAAAUUGGCGCUUUCUUGCAGAUGACAAUCUAUUGUGGAAAGAAAAAUGCCGAGCAACCGGGAUAGAAGACCUUAAAGAUCUACCUACGCCAAAACGUAAAAAUAGUCGAAAUUCAAAUAGUUGCUCCUCACCAUGGAAGCAGGCGUAUAUGAGACAGCAUAACAUCAAAAUGAAUUGGAGAACUAAACCAAUCCGUACACCUAAAGUCUUGAAGGGUCACGACGACCAUGUCAUUACCUGCCUCCAGUUUUCUGGAAAUCGAAUUGUCAGUGGCUCAGACGACAAUACCCUCAAAGUUUGGUCUGCUGUUACGGGAAAGUGUUUAAGGACACUGGUUGGGCACACGGGUGGUGUUUGGUCCUCACAGAUGUCGGGUACUACAGUAAUCAGUGGGAGCACAGACCGCACCUUGAAGGUUUGGAACGCAGAGACGGGCCAGUGUAUACAUACGCUUUACGGUCACACAUCGACAGUAAGGUGUAUGCACCUCCAUGGCAACAAGGUGGUCAGUGGCAGCAGAGACGCUACACUGAGGGUGUGGCAAGUUGAUACAGGGGAGUGUCUCCAUGUUUUGGUCGGACAUCUCGCGGCUGUUAGAUGCGUGCAAUAUGAUGGAAAACUCGUGGUCAGUGGCGCUUACGACUAUAUGGUCAAAGUAUGGAAUCCUGAACGAGAAGAGUGCCUUCACACACUGCAAGGACAUACCAAUCGCGUUUAUUCCCUUCAAUUUGAUGGUGUCCAUGUGGUGAGCGGAUCGUUGGACACAAGCAUUAGAGUAUGGGAAGUUGAGACGGGAGCUUGUAGGCACACCCUAAUGGGUCAUCAGUCUCUUACUUCAGGCAUGGAGCUCCGUAACAAUAUUCUUGUAUCCGGUAAUGCCGAUUCCACUGUCAAAGUUUGGGAUAUUGUGAGUGGGCAUUGUCUCCAAACUCUUUCCGGGCCAAAUAAACAUCAAUCCGCAGUUACCUGUCUGCAGUUCAACAGUCACUUUGUGAUUACAUCAUCUGAUGACGGGACUGUCAAAUUGUGGGAUGUUAAGACUGGAGACUUCAUAAGAAAUCUUGUGGCUCUGGAAAGUGGGGGUAGUGGAGGUGUAGUUUGGAGAAUUCGGGCAAGCGAUACGAAGCUGGUUUGUGCCGUGGGCAGUCGUAAUGGCACCGAGGAAACCAAACUGCUGGUUCUUGACUUCGACGUAGAGGCCAAAUAGUCUUCCCGUCUUUGGGAGAGACGACUCCUCUAUGUGACUUCUGUACAUACUAUAAUUAGGUAGCAUAACCAAUCUACUGUACAAUGUUCAUGUAUUACAUGGUGUGAUUGUGAUAAGACUGCAUGAAAUUAUUGUGAAGGGAGUUCUAAAAUGAGCGUUAGGUUCUUCACAAUGAAUAUUUGUUGAUCGUGGGUCGUACGUACUGCAAAGUACAAAUAUAAAAUUCAAAUCUUACGGCAAAUUGCGGAAUAUUAGGAGCUAUCGAAGUUAUUACUCAAUUAUUAGACAAUUCAGGAUAAAUCUUAAUAAUGGAUUCAUACUAUUCUGAAAGAAUUCAAUUAUUGGCAUGUACAUAUUAUGUCCUAAGAGGAAGCAAGAUCUUAAAGGAUUUAAAGCGCUAAUCAGCUGAGUUCAUAAAAAAAUGUGCAGCAUUAUCCCGUGCUGAAAAACCGCUAUAAUCAAAGUUUCCGUUCAUACUGAGCUGAGCUGUGCCCCAUUUAUUUGAAUUGAAAUCAAGUUGAUUUCGUUUCUUUUCACAACUCAAUGUGAAAAUUGUGCAACUCACCAAAACUUUAGUAUAAAACCUACUGGUAUAUAUUUUUUUUAUUGUCAAAUCUUAAAAGAAAUAUCCAGAGUUGCAAUUAGGGAGUUGGUAUGUACAAAGUUCGGAAUUUUUUUUCUAUAUUGAUUUCUUCGCUAUUAUCAUAUGUGUAAUGGAACAAAAUCACUUAUUCUUUAGAGAAUAAUAAAUGAGGCACAGUGCACUUGACGAUCCCGCAAAACUGUCCUGAGAUAUAGUAUGUCACGUUGUUAACAUACAUUGAGUUGAACGAAAGUACAACGAAAAUAAUGGCCAGAAAUAUGAUAAAACAGCAUGAAAA